UGUCAGUCAUGCUUGUACAUAUUGGUGCCUCCAAACAGUGUGGUUAUUCUUAGCUUUUUGAUAGGUCUUAAGAUUGUUCGCCCACAAGGUGAUUGAACUUAUUUACCUGGAGAUUUCUUGCCUGACUUGUCUACAGCUACAAAGCAAGCCUGAUUUUUCAUGGCUUCUUUUCCACCCAUCACGCAGCUUGGCCAUUUCCGGAUUCUUGACUCGCCCAGGAAGAAGAAGAAAUGACCAAAUCCCAAGAAACAGUAACAUUCAAGGAUGUGACUAUUGACUUUACUCAGGAGGAAUGGCAACAACUGAAACCUGCUCAGAGGAAUCUGUACAGGGAUGUGAUGCUGGAGAACUAUAACAACCUAUUAAUAGUAGGCUAUCAGCUCACCAAACCAGAUAUCAUUUUCAAGUUGGAGCAGGAAGAAGAGCCAUGGGUUGUAGAGGAAGGAAUGUUCAGAAGACGUUCAGAAGACUGGGAACUUGGUGAGCAAAUGGAAACAGAACAGCAAAGAUUUGUGAAAGGAGUUACAACCAUAUUUAAGAAAACCUUGACUGAGGAGAAAGGCAAUGAAGUUAAAAAAGUUGGAAAAAUGUCUCCUGUGAACUCAGACAUUAAUUUUACAAGGAUAUGCCUCUAUAAAUGUGAUUCUUCAGGAAAGAGUAUGAAACAUAAUUUAGACUUACUUAAUCAUGGGAGAACCUGUGUAAUAAAGAAACAUCAUGAAUGUAAUAAAACUGGAAAAUCUUGCCCUAGGUCAUGCUCUAUUGCAUUAGCCCCUUUUAAGUGUGCUCAGUGUGGAAAAGUCUUCAUUCAGGAGUUGGAUCUCAUCAGACAUUUGAGAAUUCAUACUGCAGAGAAACCUUAUGAAUGUUACGAAUGUGGGAAAGCCUUUAGCAGGAAGGAAAACCUCAGUUCACAUCAGAAAAUUCAUACAGGAGAGAAACCCUGUGAAUGUAAUGAAUGUGGAAAAGCUUUCAUUCACAUGUCAAACCUCAUUAGACACUAUAGAACUCAUACAGGAGAAAAACCCUAUGCAUGUAAGGCAUGUUGGAAAGCUUUCAGCCAGAAAUCAAAUCUCAUUGAACAUGAGAAAAUUCAUACUGGAGAGAAACCCUAUGAAUGUAAUGAAUGUGGAAAGACAUUCAGCCAGAAGCGAAACCUUAUUGAGCAUGAGAAAAUUCACACUGGAGAGAAACCAUAUGACUGUAAUGAAUGUGGGAAAGCCUUCUCUCGAAUCUCAUCUCUUACUCUACACAUAAGAAGUCACACAGGGGAGAAACCCUAUAAAUGUAAUAUAUGUGGAAAAGCCUUCUCUCAAUGCUCAGUAUUUAUUAUACAUAUGAGAAGUCAUACAGGUGAGAAACCUUAUGAAUGUAAUGAAUGUGGGAAAGCCUUCUCCCGAAGCUCAUCUCUCACUGUACAUAUGAGAAAUCAUACAGGUGAAAAACCUUAUGAAUGUAAUGAUUGUGGAAAAGCCUUCAGUCAAAAGGAAAAUCUCAUUACACAUAAGAAAAUUCAUACUGGAGAGAAACCUUUUGAAUGUAAUGAAUGUGGAAAAGCUUUUAUUCAGAUGUCAAACCUUAUAAGACACCAGAGAAUUCAUGCUGGAGAGAAACCUUAUACAUGUAAGCAGUGUGGGAAGGCAUGUAGUCACAAAUCGAAUCUCACUGAGCAUGAAAAAAUUCAUACUAGAGAAAAACCUUAUGAAUGUACUAAGUGUGAAAAAGCCUUCAGACAUAAGCAGAAUCUCAUUGAGCACUAGAAAAUUCACACUGGAGAGAAACCUUAUGAAUGUAAUGAAUGUAUGAAAGCCUUCUCUCGUAUCUCAUCUCUUACGCUUCAUCUGAGACGUCAUACAGGGGAGAAACCCCAUGAAUAUAAUGAAUGUGGGAAAGCAUUCUCUCAAGAUUCAUUACUAUUAUACAUGAGAAGUCAUAGAGGUGAGAAAGCAUUUGAAUGUAAUGAAUGUGGGAAGCUUUUUUCUCAAGAAGCAUCUCUUACUAUACAUGUGCAAGGUCAUUCAGGUGAGAAAUACAGUAAGUGUAAUGAAUGUGGGAAGGCCUUCUCUCGAAUUUCAGCCCUUGCUCUACAUGUGAGAACACACACAGGUGAGAAGCCCUAUCAGUGUGAUGAAUGUGGGAAAACUUUCAUACAGAACUCAUACUUCAUUAGACACCAACAAAUUCAUAGUCAGUAUAAAUCCUUUGAAUGCUCUGAGUGUCAGAAAAUCUUCAGUAGAAAUUCAAUCUCAUAGCUCAUCUAAAAAUUCAUUCUUCAGCAAAACACUAUAAAAGUUAAAAAGCCUUCAGCAAAAACUCAAAAUUUAUGAAACACAGAUAGAUUCACACUGAGGGAAAAGACCAUUGGUGUUGUGAAAAGCCUGGACCCACAAAAAAUUACAGGAAACAUUGUACUUAGCAAUGAAAUUUAGAAGCAUGACCAUUAAUGUAAGGAAUAAGAUGUGAAUGCCUUCUAUCACUACUAUUUGUCCAGUAGUACUAGAUGAACUAGUCAAUGAAACAAACAUGAGAAAAAUAAAUACAUAAUAUAGAUUGAAAGUAAAACAAAGGUUAAGGUCAUGGUUUGAAUCUUGGCUCUGCCACUUAAUAGCAGUGUGACUUUUUGUAAAUUACUUAACCUCUGUAUAAAAUGGGGAUAAUAAUAGUGCCCACCCCAGCAUUCUUAAAAGGAUUACAUGAGCUAAUAGCUACAAAUGACGUAUAACAGCGCAUGAUAUCAUUUAGUAUUCUAUAACUAUUAGGCAUUAACAUUGUCAUUAUGUGCAAAUGAUAUGCAUAUAUAUAGAAAGCCCAGU